CGUCCUCAGUCGCCGCCCGAACCUGGCCGCCGCAAGACGCGCCCUACGCGCCUCCUCCACCCGUGCACUUCUCUCAUACCGGGUUUUAGUUUCGUACCAUAAUGACAUAGCCCCAGUGCCGUGCGACGGGACUACGUGAAGCGCACACAUUUUAGUUUUUUCGUUGUCACGAGGAAGCCGUAACGGUCUCCGUUUUUGCAGAACUAGCGACGAUCCACUUCAUUCCGUCGAGGAACACAGAAGAGAUCGGAGGGCGGUCUGCUCUUUUUAUCCGCCUUUUACAUAAAGACUAGCGAAAAUGGGCGAGACGCGCCGGAAACCACCUGCGAAAAAACGGAAACCCGGAGAUUUAGAUGACCUGAAACAGGAAUUAGAUAUCGAUUACCACAAAGUUACACCCGAAGAACUUUACCAAAGAUUUCAGACACACCCGGAAAAUGGACUUAGUCAUGCAAAGGCGAAAGAAAAUCUUGAACGAGACGGCCCAAACGCACUCACACCCCCAAAACAGACACCCGAAUGGGUGAAGUUUUGUAAAAAUCUCUUCGGCGGCUUCGCGUUAUUACUAUGGAUUGGUGCUAUUCUAUGCUUUAUUGCCUACGGUAUCCAGGCGAGUACGGUAGAAGAGCCAGCAGACGACAACUUGUACCUCGGCAUCGUAUUAGCGGCUGUGGUGAUCGUUACCGGCAUCUUCUCGUACUACCAGGAAAGCAAGUCCUCCAAAAUCAUGGAAUCCUUCAAGAACAUGGUGCCACAGUUCGCCACUGUCAUCCGCGAGGGAGAAAAGUUAACGUUGCGCGCUGAGGACCUCGUACUUGGCGAUAUUGUUGAGGUAAAGUUCGGCGACCGGAUCCCAGCUGACGUCAGGAUCAUCGAGGCCCGCGGCUUCAAAGUGGACAACUCGAGUUUGACCGGCGAAUCUGAACCCCAGUCCCGUGGCCCCGAGUUCACCAACGAGAACCCCUUGGAAACCAAGAACUUGGCGUUCUUCUCCACAAAUGCCGUUGAGGGCACCGCGAAAGGAGUUGUCAUUUGCUGCGGUGAUAACACGGUAAUGGGACGUAUCGCGGGUUUGGCGUCUGGUUUGGACACGGGUGAGACUCCCAUCGCGAAGGAAAUCCAUCACUUCAUCCACUUGAUCACUGGUGUUGCCGUCUUCCUCGGAGUUACGUUCUUCGUCAUUGCCUUCAUCCUCGGUUAUCACUGGCUCGACGCUGUCAUUUUCCUUAUUGGUAUCAUUGUAGCCAAUGUGCCAGAAGGUUUACUGGCGACUGUAACCGUAUGUCUGACCCUUACUGCCAAACGCAUGGCCUCCAAGAACUGCCUUGUAAAGAACUUGGAAGCCGUGGAAACCCUUGGAUCGACGUCCACCAUCUGCUCGGAUAAGACCGGAACCCUGACCCAGAACAGGAUGACUGUUGCUCACAUGUGGUUCGACAACCAAAUCAUUGAGGCUGACACCACUGAGGACCAGUCAGGAGUACAGUAUGAUCGUACAAGUCCUGGAUUCAAGGCACUCGCCAAAAUCGCUACUCUGUGCAAUCGCGCCGAAUUCAAAGGAGGUCAGGAUGGUGUGCCGAUUUUGAAGAAGGAAGUUGCUGGUGAUGCCUCUGAGGCCGCUCUGCUGAAGUGCAUGGAGCUGGCGCUUGGUGACGUGCUGUCUAUUAGGAAAAGGAACAAGAAAGUGUGCGAAAUCCCCUUCAACUCCACGAACAAAUACCAAGUGUCCAUUCACGAGAGCGAUGACAGCAGCGAUCCUAGACAGUUGCUUGUCAUGAAGGGAGCUCCGGAAAGGAUUCUGGAACGUUGCAGCACCAUCUUCAUUGGAGGAAAGGAGAAGGUAUUGGACGAAGAAAUGAAGGAGGCUUUCAACAACGCGUAUCUGGAACUCGGCGGUCUCGGAGAGCGCGUGCUCGGUUUCUGCGACCUGCAGCUGCCUUCAGACAAGUACCCCAUCGGCUACAAGUUCAACACGGACGACGUCAACUUCCCCGUGGACAACCUCCGCUUCGUCGGCCUCAUGAGUAUGAUUGAUCCCCCGAGAGCCGCUGUGCCAGACGCCGUUGCUAAGUGCCGAUCCGCUGGUAUUAAGGUUAUCAUGGUAACAGGAGACCACCCCAUCACUGCCAAGGCUAUCGCCAAGUCCGUAGGUAUAAUCUCCGAAGGCAACGAAACGGUUGAAGACAUCGCCGCCCGCCUCAACAUCCCCGUGUCGGAAGUCAACCCGCGUGAAGCCAAAGCUGCCGUUGUACACGGAACUGAGCUUCGUGACCUCAAUUCGGACCAACUCGACGAAAUUCUCAAGUACCACACUGAAAUCGUAUUCGCGAGGACGUCGCCACAACAGAAGCUGAUCAUCGUGGAGGGUUGCCAACGCCUGGGAGCCAUCGUGGCUGUGACCGGGGACGGCGUCAACGACUCGCCAGCUCUGAAGAAGGCAGACAUUGGUGUCGCCAUGGGUAUCGCUGGCUCUGAUGUGUCCAAACAAGCCGCUGACAUGAUCCUGCUCGACGACAACUUCGCCUCUAUCGUCACUGGUGUGGAAGAAGGCCGCCUUAUCUUUGACAACCUGAAGAAGUCCAUCGCUUACACUCUGACCUCGAACAUUCCAGAAAUCUCGCCCUUCCUCGCCUUUAUCCUUUGCGACAUUCCACUGCCCCUCGGCACUGUUACCAUCCUUUGCAUCGAUCUCGGAACUGACAUGGUGCCCGCCAUUUCCCUGGCUUACGAGGAGGCAGAAUCUGACAUAAUGAAGCGACAGCCGCGUAAUCCUUUCACUGAUAAGCUCGUUAACGAGAGGUUGAUUUCCAUGGCGUACGGGCAAAUUGGUAUGAUCCAAGCGGCCGCCGGAUUCUUUGUGUACUUCGUGAUCAUGGCUGAGAACGGAUUUCUGCCUCUGAAACUGUUCGGCAUCAGGAAGCAAUGGGACUCGAAGGCUAUCAACGACUUGACCGACUCAUAUGGACAGGAAUGGACCUACCGCGACCGCAAGGCCCUGGAGUUCACCUGCCACACCGCUUUCUUCGUGUCCAUCGUAGUGGUGCAGUGGGCCGAUCUGAUCAUCUGCAAGACCCGUCGCAACUCCAUCGUUCACCAGGGCAUGCGCAACUGGGCUCUGAACUUCGGCCUGAUCUUCGAAACUGCUCUGGCCGCCUUCCUCUCGUACACUCCAGGCAUGGACAAAGGCCUGCGGAUGUAUCCUCUCAAGUUCGUGUGGUGGCUGCCCGCCAUUCCGUUCAUGCUGUCGAUCUUCAUCUACGACGAGAUCCGGCGCUUCUACCUGCGCCGCAACCCGGGCGGCUGGCUCGAGCAGGAGACGUACUACUAGACGCACCGACCACGUCCACACCGCCGCGUCGUGCAUCAUUAGUUACUGCGUACACGUUCGUUUGUGUUGUUACAUCAGACUGACAGUACACGGCGCGGUGCCGUCACUGUGUAUGUGUAUUCGCUGUCGUGUACGCUUCUCACCGCUUGCUGCCGUGCGCCGCCGCCCGCUACCGCUGUAUAUAUGAUCGGUGAUGGAUGAAUUUGUGACGUUCAAAAUGUUUACACACGAUAUAUUGUUUGAGAAUUGUGAGUUAUUUUUAUAUCGAAAUCUGUUCGGAAACGAAAUUUUUGUGUAUCUGAUUCGCGUACGCGCACACAACGGAUCCGGUGGCACGCGAGUGUCGGGGGGUGCGGUCGGGCGGCUAGUAUAUAGAGUUAAUACUGAUAUAAUUGUUUUACACACACUAAGCGAUAAGUACAGUGUCUAGCGGUAGUCGUCGCGCCGUGCGGGCGCCGACGAGAAGCAUUUGUUGUAAUUUAACAGUUAAGGAGCUACGAUUAUUAAAUUUUUAAGUGAUUUAGAUUAAGUUGAAUUUUUCGAGUGAAUAUAACGUUCAGUUGACGAUUCGAACGGGUGCGUGGUGUGUGAGAGGUCGAUGUGGAGUGCCUGCUUUAGUGUACUACUGCUUACUGUUAGGUAGGUAGUUGAAAUUUUGAAACCAUAUUUUCAUUCGUAAAGUAGAUAACGAAGCAUACACAGUCGCGAUCGCUUGGAGGGCCGCGCGCGGGCGCCGGCGCCGCCCGGUCCGGCGCGCACCGUUCGGUCGCUCGCCGCUCGGUCGCGCACCGCUGGGUCGCUCGCCGCCCGGUCGCUCGCCGUUCGGUCGCCCCGACCGAUCGCCCCGUCCGACCGGGCGGCGCCGGCGCCCGAACCGCGGCCCGGGCCGGACACUAUGCUUUUCUUUUUCUAAAAUUAACUGAAGUUAGUGUUUUUUGUGAAAUUUAUUAAAAUAGUCUGCUCAUGGUAAUUAUGUAAGAUUUAAUUUCUUAAUUAAAAGAUAAUAAACAAAACGUAGAAAUGCGUAAUUAGAACUUUUUAAAAUUAUACAGUUAUGAUAGAGUCACCUUGAGUUGGUCGGCGCUGGGCCGCGGCCGAGUCGGCCGAUCCAUUUCAAUUUUCGUAACGAAUAUAUAACAUAUAAUAAUGGUUAUAAAAGUAAUAAUUAUAUUACAUUAUAGCAACUAUAAAUCUAAAUUAUAUGAAAUGUUUAUAGAUUUAAAGUGAUGUUUGUUUGUUUAGAGUGACCUUCUGUGCUUGUUCGUCGGAAGUCGGAUCGAUGUACACCUCACAGACAAUAGUCGUUGAUUCUGAUUGAUAUACUUGUAAUGAUUGGAUCCUUGUGGGCUAUUCGUUUACGUACACUGUAGGACUAACAUUGUUUUGCGUUCGACAGUUCUUUACACCGUUUCUUUUUAUAGUAUUACUCUGUUGGCUAGGAUGCUGUAAAAAUGUAAGUGUUAAUAAAAAAAACAUUUUCAAAAUAUUA